CAGUAGAAACUCUUGCCAAGGACUUUUUGUGCCUGUUUGCUACUGGAUGAUGUGGUUUCGUUUUUGAAUUAAAUUAUAUCUGGAGACGAGAUAUUUCUCCGGGUGCACAGCAGAGACAGCUGGCAGGGGUGACCCAAGGGCGAGGUGCAGACAGCACAGGGUCUUCAGCCCAUGACAAUGGCAUCUGAUGAGUUGGUUUUCUUUGUCAAUGGCAAAAAGGUGGUGGAGAAGAAUGCAGAACCAGAGACGACUCUGUUAUCCUAUCUGAGAAGAAAAUUGGGGUUAAGUGGGACCAAGCUUGGCUGUGGAGAAGGUGGCUGUGGGGCCUGCACAGUGAUGCUAUCCAAGUUUGAUCGACUCCAGAAUAAAAUUGUCCACUUUUCUGCCAAUGCCUGUCUGGCACCCAUCUGCUCCCUACAUCAUGUUGCUGUGACAACUGUGGAAGGAAUAGGAAGCACCAAAACCAGGUUGCAUCCUGUGCAGGAAAGAAUAUACAAAAGUCAUGGCUCCCAGUGUGGCUUCUGCACUCCUGGCAUUGUCAUGAGCAUGUACACUCUGCUCCGGAACAACCCUGAGCCCACGGUGGAGGAGAUUGAGAAUGCUUUCCAAGGGAACCUGUGCCGUUGUACAGGCUACAGACCCAUCCUGCAGGGCUUCAGGACAUUUGCCAGGGAUGGGGGAUGCUGUGGAGGAAAGGGGGAGAAUCCAAACUGCUGUAUGUAUCAAAAAGAAAAUAGCACGUUAAAUCUCUCAUCAACUUUGUUUAAUUCAGAGGAUUUCCUGCCAUUAGAUCCUACCCAGGAGCCUAUCUUCCCACCAGAGUUAAUGAGGCUGAAAGAUGAGCCCCAGAAGCAGCUGUGUUUCCAAGGGGAGCGUGUGAAAUGGAUCCAGACUGCAACCCUGAAGGAACUGUUGGAGUUGAAGGCUGAACACCCAGAUGCCAAGCUGGUGGUGGGGAACACUGAAAUUGGUAUUGAGAUGAAAUUUAAGAAUAAGCUCUUCCCUAUAAUAGUCUGCCCGGCUUGGAUCCCCGAGCUGAAUUUUGUGGAGCGUGGCCCAGAGGGCAUCUCCUUUGGGGCGGCCUGCCCUCUGAAUGAAGUGGAGAAAGCCUUAGUGGCUGCCAUAGCUGAGCUACCAUCCUACCAGACUGAAGUCUUUAAAGGAGUCUUGGAGCAGCUGCGUUGGUUUGCUGGAAAGCAGGUCAAAUCUGUAGCGUCGGUUGGGGGAAACAUCAUCAAUGCCAGCCCAAUUUCUGAUCUCAACCCUGUGUUCAUGGCCAGUGGAACCAAACUUACUCUGGUAUCCAAAGGGACAAGGAGGACUGUUCGGAUGGACCAUAUGUUUUUUCCUAGCUAUAGAAAGACGCUUCUAAGUCCGGAGGAGAUACUGCUCUCCAUUGAGAUUCCCUACAGCAGGAAGGGAGAAUAUUUCUCAGCCUUCAAACAAGCCGCUCGGAGGGAAGAUGACAUCGCCAAGGUGACCUGUGGAAUGAGGGUCUUAUUCAAACCAGAAAGUGACCAAGUCCAGGAGUUGGACAUCAGUUUUGGAGGCAUGGCUGACAAAACUAUCCCAGCCCUGAAAACCACCAGGAAGCAGCUGGGGAGAGCCUGGAAUGAGGAACUGCUUCAGGAAGUUUGUGCCAGCCUAGCAGAGGAGUUGAGCUUGGAGCCAGACGCCCCUGGUGGGAUGGUAGAGUUCCGACGUACGCUCACCCUCAGCUUCUUCUUUAAGUUUUACCUGACCGUGCUUCAGAAACUGGGCAAAGACAGUACAGAUAAAUGUGAUAAAUUGGAUCCAACCUAUGUCAGUGCCACUUUGCUCUUUCAAAAAGAGCCCCCCGCCAAUGUUCAGCUCUUCCAAGAAGUUCCAAAGGGACAAGGUGAAGAUGACAUGGUGGGCCGGCCCAUUCCCCACUUUUCAGCUGCCAUGCAAGCCUCCGGGGAGGCAGUGUAUUGUGAUGACAUCCCUCCGUAUUCCAACGAACUCUACCUUCGACUAGUCACCAGCACCAAGGCUCAUGCCAGAAUCAAGUCCAUAGAUAUUUCAGAAGCCCAGAAAGUACCUGGAUUUAUUCAUUUCCUCUCAGCUGAUGAUAUUCCUGGGAGUAAUGAAACUGGAUUAUUUAAUGAUGAAACUGUCUUUGCUAAACAUAAGGUCACUUGUGUGGGACACAUCAUUGGGGCUGUAGUCACAGAUACUCCGGAACAUGCACAGAGGGCAGCUCAAGCUGUGAAAAUCACAUAUGAGGAACUUCCAGCUAUUAUCACAAUUGAGGACGCGAUAAAAAACAACUCCUUCUAUGGUUCAGAGCUCAAGAUUGAGAAAGGAGACCUCAAAAAGGGGUUUGCUGAGGCUGAUAAUGUUGUUUCAGGUAUAAAUUUUGUUGCCAAAGUCUUGGGGGUCCCAGCAAAUCGCAUUGUUGUUCGAGUGAAGAGAAUGGGAGGAGGUUUUGGAGGGAAGGAGACAAGGAGCACAGUAGUGUCUACAGCGGUUGCUCUGGCUGCCUACAAGACUGGCCGUCCUGUCCGUUGCAUGCUGGAUCGAGAUGAAGACAUGUUGAUAACUGGUGGAAGACAUCCAUUUUUGGCCAGAUAUAAGGUUGGCUUCAUGAAGACUGGGAAGAUUGUGGCACUAGAGGUUGAACACUACAGCAAUGCAGGAAAUACUUUAGAUCUCUCUGGGAGUAUCAUGGAGAGGGCUUUAUUCCAUAUGGACAACUGCUAUAAGAUCCCUAACAUUCGGGGUACUGGCCAACUCUGCAAGACCAACCUGCCUUCCAACACAGCCUUCAGGGGCUUUGGGGGGCCCCAGGGAAUGCUCAUUGCUGAACACUGGAUGAGUGAAGUUGCCCUGACCUGUAGACUUCCAGCAGAGGAAGUUCGAAGGCUGAACAUGUACAAGGAAGGAGACCUGACUCACUUUAAUCAGAAGCUGGAGGGAUUCACUUUGCCCAGGUGCUGGGAUGAAUGCCUGGAAAGCUCAAAGUACCAUGCCAGGAGGAGCGAGAUCGAGAAGUUUAACAAGGAGAAUUGUUGGAAGAAGAGAGGGUUGUGUAUAAUUCCUACCAAGUUUGGAAUCAGCUUCACGGUUCCCUUUCUGAAUCAGGCUGGAGCUCUGGUACAUGUGUACACAGAUGGCUCAGUUCUUCUCACCCAUGGUGGUACUGAGAUGGGCCAAGGCCUUCACACCAAGAUGAUCCAAGUGGCCAGCAAAGCCUUGAAGAUUCCCACCUCUAAGAUUUACAUCAGUGAAACAAGCACCAAUACAGUACCCAACACCUCUCCGACAGCUGCCUCUGUCAGUACUGACAUUAAUGGACAGGCAGUCUAUGAAGCAUGUAAAACCAUCUUACAAAGACUGGAGCCCUUCAAAAAGAAAAACCCCAAUGGUUCCUGGGACGAUUGGGUCAAUGCUGCCUACUUGGCACCAGUGAGUCUGUCUGCCACAGGAUUUUAUAGAACACCUAACCUGGGCUAUAGCUUUGAAACCAAUUCUGGAAAUCCUUUCCACUACUUCUCCUAUGGUGUGGCUUGCUCUGAGGUUGAGAUUGACUGCUUAACAGGGGAUCAUAAGAAUAUCCGCACGGACAUCGUCAUGGAUGUUGGCUCCAGCUUGAAUCCAGCUAUAGAUAUUGGACAGGUAGAAGGGGCAUUUGUCCAAGGCCUCGGUCUCUUUACUCUGGAGGAGCUGCAUUACUCUCCUGAGGGGAGCCUGCAUACUCGGGGACCCGGGACUUACAAGAUCCCUGCCUUUGGCAACAUCCCUAUUGAUUUUAGAGUGUCCCUUCUCCGGGAUUGUCCUAACAAAAAAGCCAUCUAUGCUUCUAAGGCUGUUGGAGAGCCCCCCCUCUUUCUGGCAUCCUCCAUCUUCUUUGCCAUCAAGGAUGCUAUCUAUGCAGCUCGUGCUCAGCAGGCAGAUUUUAAGACGAAGGAGCUUUUCCAGCUGAACAGCCCUGCCACUCCAGAGAAGAUUCGCAAUGCCUGUGUGGACAAAUUCACCACUCUGUGUGUUACAGAAGUGCCUGCAAAUUGCAAGUCAUGGUCUAUAAGAGUCUGAGAAGAAAGUCCACAGAUCAAGCUCUCUGUUGAGCAGAUGGUGCCUCUAAGAGAAAAGGAAAAUACCUGCCAUGGGAUCAAAGACUCUAAAUGCACAACAUAAAAACUUUUCUGGGUCAUUACCCCCUUUCUGUAUUAAGGAAAUUGAACACUUAGGAAGAUUUCAAUCUUAAAUGUGAUUUUCAAUAGAGAUGAUGAGCAAAUUCACAACUUUAAGUGUUCAAUAGUAGUAACUACAUAGUUACUAAUAUUCAUUUACAACUGAUUUAAUUUAAAAAUUCCAUAGCUCCCUUUAAAAAAAUUGACUACAAAUUUAGCACUAUUGUUUAGGAUAGCAUCAGAGAAAACAAUCAAACUAUUUGAGAUAAUCUCACAAACUGGAGCCAGUCUGCUUGGAAUUUUUCUAGCCAAAAUUUUCAGCCUCUGAGAACUCAGAACAAAGUUCUUUGGAAUCCACUUAUAUUUCCUCUCCCAACACCACCAAAACUUGAAACUCAAAGCUUUCCUCUGUGUUUAAGGGCAAUAGAAAAUACAUGUUUUAAAUUUUGUAAGAGGAAAAACAAACAAACCUGUUUGCUGAUUAAAAAAAAGAAAACAAAUAAAAUUAA